AUGAACGGCAUUGGCAGCAAUCCGCGUUUCAGCAUGUGUAUGGAUAGCGCUAAAGGUCUGUAUAAUGGGCCUGGAGAUAAUAAUUGCUUUAUGAAUAGCUCUGUUCAGAUUCUUUGGCAUCUGGAUUCCUUCCGCUGCAACUUCCGGCAGAUGUCUGCCCAUGCGUGCACUGGCUCCAAUUGCGUCUUCUGUUCUUUGAAGGAAAUACUGACCAGCUACCAGUUCAGUGACCAGCCGAUAUUGUCAUCUGCAUCAUUACGUCAUUCGUUGGCAUCGACGUUUAAAAGUGAACGCAGGUUUCAACUUGGGGCUCCAUGCGAUGCGUCAGAGUGCUAUGAAACAAUAUUGGACCGCCUACAUGAUCACGUGACGGACAGUGAGAACGAAUCGAAUUGCAGGGCACAGCACUGCAUCUCGCAUCAAAAACUUUCCAUGCAUAUUAAUGAGAUGAUAAGUUGUACGUGUGGCGCCUGUUCAAAACCAUUGCAAUUCCAGCAGCCAGUUUAUUAUGUAUCAACUACGGCGCUAUUGUUAGCUUUAUCCUGCUCAACACCAACAACAUCGUCGUCAUCAUCGUCAUCGUCCCCACCAACUUCAUCGUUAUCAUCACCGCCAUCAUCAUCAUCACCAUCAUUAUCAUCAUCUUCCUCUUCUUUAAAAUGCUUCGGAGUAUCCAGACGUCUGCAAAUCCUGACGAAAACACCGGAAGUCACGUGUCUGGGAUUUGUGUGGGACACCCAUCGCCCGAGCGCUGAUCAGCUCCGUGGAAUUCUCAAGUCCAUUGACGUCACGAUAGCACCACGGGAAGUAAGUUGUCAUGAUUAUGAUGACGAAAACGGCGAUGAUGAUGAUGCGUAUUACAAUUUGGCGGGAGUUAUAUCAUAUCACCACGGCCACUAUUGCACCUUCAUUUUCCAUUCCAAACAACAUGUCUGGUACCAGUUCGAUGAUGGAAACGUUCAAAUGCUGGACAACCAAUGGGAAACAGUGGUCAAAAAGUGCCUGACCAAUAAAUAUCAACCCUUACUUCUUUUUUACACCAAACCACGUGAUCUAUGUAAGUCUGUGUCCAUGGUUACUGCCUUCAAGCAGACCUUCUUCCGGUCAUGUGACCUCUCCACUUCCGGUUGGUUGAUCGAUUUGUUGAUUGGUUAA